AUGAUUACAUAUGAAGAAUGCAAAAUGCAGAAGCUAUUGUCUUUGAAUUUGCACAGCAACACAGUUUGCUGGCUGAAUGACCUGUCUGACAUUAUAAAGAAGGCCCCCAAAGUCAAGAUCCUGAACCUCACCAAAAAUGAAAUGAGAAGAAAUGGCCAGAUCAAAUUUGGGUUGAUGGUAGAUGACCAGCGGGGGCAGCUGCUGAAGCACACAAAACAUGACAUUGUGGACUUCCUCAGUGUGUUGCCCAAAACUCAGCAUGACCUCAGCUCCUUCCUGGUGGACAUAUGGUACCAGACAAUGCUCUACUUUUCUGUAAACAGGGUGUUCAAAGAAGAACACAGUGAUGGUAACAGCUCUCCUCAAGGAGAAAAUAAAGGUAGAGAUUCUUCCCAGGAUAAUUUUGGAAAGGAGAACCUUCAUGAUGAACACGAUGGGUAUGAGCUCCCACCUCCCCACCUUCAGGAGGAUGAUGAAAAUGUGGAGGUGAGGGAUGUCCACGAGGACCCCCAAAUAAGAAACAACCCCUGUACCUUACAACCCAAUAGUAGGACUAUGAAAUGCCAUAGUGAAUUCCAAGAUAUAAUUUCUCCAGAGAGGGAAGUGGAGAAGAAGACACAGAAUGGAGACCCGGGGACCUGGUUCAAGGUCACAAUUCCUUAUGGGAUAAAGUAUGAUAAGACAUGGAUAGUGAAUUCAAUCCAGAGUCAUUGCAAUGUCUCCUUCACUCCAGUCAAUUUCCACUACAACAAAAAUCAGGCCCACUUCUUUGUCCAGGAUGUUCAUGCUGCCUGUGCAUUAAAGAAAGUCAACUGCAAGAUUCAUGAUGAGGAAAACGAAAAGGUAUUUGUUUUUGUCAAUCUUUCUACUGACCCCCAGUCUAUGAAGAAAAAGAUGAAACCAAAAGUGAUGACACAGCUAAAGCUGACCAUGAACAAACGAUAUGAUGUCUCCCAGCAAGCUCUUGAUCUCCAGAGUCUCUGCUUUGACCCAGACUUGGUGAAACAUCAUUUUGAUAUAAGCCUGAAUCGAAGAAACGACAUGGCUGCCACUCUGAAGAUCAUUUCAACAAAUUUUCCUGAGCUACUAUCUUUGAACUUGUGCAACAACAAACUGUACCAGCUGGAUGGCCUGUCCGACAUUACAGAGAAGGCCCCCAAAGUCAAGAUCCUGAACCUCUCCAAAAAUAAGCUGAAGUCGGUGUGGGAGUUGGGCAAGGUCAAAGGGCUGAAGCUCGAAGAGCUGUGGCUAGAAGGGAACCCCUUGUGCAGCACCUUCUCUGACCAGUCCACCUAUGUAAGUACCAUCCUGGAAUGUUUCCCAGAGUUGUUACGCCUGGAUGGCCAGGAUUUAGCAUCUCCAAUUAUAAUAGGCGUUGAAGCCCCUGAGAUAAUAAAACCUUGUAAGGAAAGCUAUAAAGGAUCUGAGAUCAUAAAGAAUCUGGUACUUCAGUUCCUGCUUCAGUAUUACUUGAUCUAUGACUCUGAAGAUAGAAAGGGUCUCCUCAGUGUUUACCAUGACAAGGCCUGCUUCUCCCUGACCAUUCCCCUCAACCCUGAGGACCCAGCCCCAAGCAACUUGGAAAAGUACUUAAAGGACAGCAGGAAUAUAAAGAAUAUCAAGGACUCUCGCCUGAGGGUUCAGCUGCUGAAGCACACAAAACAUGAGAUUGUGGACUCCCUCAGUGUAUUGCCCAGAACUCAACAUGACCUUAACUCCUAUGUGGUAGACUUGUGCAUCCAGACGGAUAGGAUGCUCUUCUUUUCUGUCAAUGGAGUAUUUAAGGAAGUGGAAAGAGAGUCUCCAGGUUCUGUUCUUGCCUUCACCCGAACCUUCAUCUUGACUUCUGUCAGCAAUUCCAAUCUGUAUAUUGUGAAUGAUGAGCUGAUACUGAGGAAUGCCAGCAUGAAAGAGACCCAGAGUGCCUUCUCAAUCCCAUUGCCUGCACCCUUCUCCAGCUCCUUGCUCACCCUCUCCCAGGAGCAGCAAGAAACAAUGCAUACUGUCUCCACCCAGUCUGGGAUGAACCUUGAGCAGUCUCAGAAGUGCCUUCAGGACAGUGAGUAGAACUACACCAAAGCUGACCAGGUUUUCACUAUGCUCCAGGUGAGAUCUGGGAAUCAAGUGGGUAAGACAUGGAUGUUUCCAGAAAGGCCAGAAAAUUGUAGCCCAGGUGGUCUGGGUAUGGAACCCAGAGCAUCUGGCUCUUUGGACAACCCAACUCCUUUUCUUUACUUCCUCUAG